AUGACUCGGUUGCCACCGGUCGAUUCAACAGUUUUUCAACACAUAAACUUGUUGACACGUGGGGCGUGGCUCGGCCACCGUGGGCCUAAAAAAUUCCUCCCAGCUGUCCUUAUUUGCCGCGAGAUUGCAUGGCCGUUUUUGUUACAUGUGUCGAAUUGUCUUGUCCCUGCCGUCUUCCUUUCGUACGCCCCUCCUCUAACAAGCGGGGGAGUGCCGCACAGAACUGCCGCCUCAUCGUGGGCAACGAAAGGAGUCGGCACCGGUGCCAUGCACACUCAUUGUUAUUGGCGACAAAAACAGCAGGUCACUUUGGCAUUGAUGUGCGGCAGUGUAGCUUUGCGUUACCAGCGCCGAGAAAUGACAACAAAUGACAGGCAUGUGGCCGACGGCACAAACCCUACGGCUCCAAUACAGGUUGAAUCACCACGGAAGCAACCGCAGCAAGGGGCGCAGGAGACGCAAAAACAGGGGGAGAGAAAAGAGAAGCCGCGUUUAAUAUGUCUGGCCUGGCGCGCCAGGGAUCCUGUCAGCGUUGGGGCAAGGGACAAUGGUAAAAGUGGAAACAUGAGAAAUUGCAGCGACACCGCCGAUUUAGUUAACGCUUCAGGUGGAGGUUGUCACUUGCCUUUGGUUACGGGGUUUGUAGGAUCUCAUGGAUGCGUGGUGGCACACAACGGAACGCGGCAAGCGAGGGAACACCAGCAAAUUAAUGAGAAGCGCGUCGAUGAAGGUAGCUGCCAGCUGAAGAAAGCAACAUCUCUGAACGUUUCACUUGCAGAAUGCAAUCAGCGGGAAAAACUGGGACGGAUGCCUCCUUCCUCAUUUCCACAUGCAGUGGCAAAAGCGAGUGGAAGAGGCGACCACGAUAGGGAUGCUCUCGUGUAUAAUAUCUUUACUCAUCGUGUAGUGAAACGCUCCGCCGCGAGCGUGCGUGCUUUGGGGAUGCUGGGCAUUGGCGUUUACCAAGACUCACAGGAACUGGACGUGGUGGAUCCUGCCGCCCUCCUGAAUUUGCGAAGCAAGCUUCUUAAGAAGGAAGUGAGUUGGCCUGCGUUGUGGCGGAAUACUCUUUUUCGGCAGUUACAACAUGUCCUUUUGCGUAGAACGGCGAGAGAAGAUGAAGAAUUUGUUGUGGAGGAAGUUCGGUGUUUACUUCGUACACACUACCAACGAGCCAAGACCCGUCGCGGAGUGGGUGUUGUGUCAAAUGAAAAUAACGUGGGUGCCACCGAUGGGCCCUUUAGUAAUGAGGUCAGUUUGGGUAGCAGCAUGUCGUUGCAGGAGCGAUUGUUAACCUAUCAGGAUUUGAAUGAAGAACAGCAGCGUGUUGUGGAUUUUGUACUGGAGGGACACAAUACGUACAUUGGAGGAGGGGCUGGAACGGGCAAAUCGCUUCUGCUGCGUGUGAUUAAACAAGAGCUUGUACGUCAGGGCCUCUCUGUUGCCAUGACAGCAACGACCGGCAUUGCGGCGACGCGGAUUGAUGGUGUGACUCUGCAUCACUGUUUUGGGGUGAAUAUUCACGGUGAAUGCAGUCGUCGGGCGGAGUUGAGGGCGUUUGAUGUGAUUAUUCUGGACGAAGUUUCCAUGUUGUCGAGGGAACUUUUUGAAUCUCUCGAGUAUCAAUUGCGGCGAGCAAACGGUGUGGAUUUGCCGUUCGGUGGAGUGCAGAUGAUUUUGUCAGGGGACUUUCUUCAGCUUGGGGCAAUUGCUUCGUUGUCACUUGUCCAUUCCGCGGUGUUUCGAAGAUACUUUGCGAUGCUCAAACUGCAGCAGCCGGUGCGUCAUUUGGGAAAUGACCACUUUUUGCGACAGCUACAGGAGCUGCGUCGGGGGAUCGUCCCACAUGACCUACAAGACACGGUUACGUUCUUGUCGCCCACCGAGAGUGCGAAGGCCUUGAUGAAGGAUGAGGAAUCUUCAGUAAAACUGCUUCCCACAAAUAAGGAGGUGGAUGCGAUCAAUCAGGCUGAGUUGAAGAAGUUGUCUGGUGAACUUGUGGUGUUCCCAGCGCAGCUUCAGUCACCGUCGCUCUCUGGUCGCUGGACGGCAACUUAUAUGCUGGCCAUUGAACACGAAGACCCAAACUCUUUGAAUAGGGACAAGCUCCUCAUGUCAUUGGAGCAAUAUGUGUUUGAAUUCGUGAAUAAAGUGCCAAAUGCUUCCAGUCUUACGAUUUCUCUCUUAGGCCAGCGAAAUGUUGUCCUCUACAAGUUGUUUGUGGAUGCUUUUGCAUUCCGGGUGCGCAUCCCGCACGAAUUGAAUGAGAAGGACGAACAUGAACUUGCAUGUCAUUUGCGUAAUUUGGAGUCAUGGCUCCCGGCGCAGGGGCUGGGAGUGUCUCUGAGGGAAAUCAUCGUGUCACCGGACGGUUUGCACACCGAUGCCGACGAGUACGCUCUGACACGUUAUGCAAACAACUCCCCUAUGAUGUCGCCGCUUUGUCUCAAGAAGGGUGCAAAGGUGAUGCUCCGCACGAACCUCUCUCCGGGUCUUGUAAAUGGCAGUCUUGGCGUCGUUGUUGGGUUUAAGGAGCUGAAAAUGGGGAACCUGCCGCAGUUUCUUACCAAAUCUGGGCGACUCGAUGCCGUGGAUGGAUACAGCGAGUUUCUUCAAUACGAGCACAGCUUUCCAGUUGCUUUGGCUCCAGAAGUAGAGUUUGGUGGGGGAAGGGUUAUUGUCAUCCCACCCACGACAUUUUGUGUCGGGGGGUUAUCAAAUACAAAUCACUAUUACAUGGGGAUUGUGGCGUUUCCGCUGAGCCUGGCCUACGCAUUUACCGUGCACAAGGUGCAAGGGUUGACUUUGGUGGGGCGUGUGCAUCUUGAACUCUCUCGUAUGUGGCCAUGUGAGCAUCUGUUGUAUGUGGCCAUGAGCCGUGUGAGGAACCCGGAGCAGCUCACGGUUUCUUCGUUCCACAGAGACUUGGUUCGGUGUGCAACGGAAUGUUUACUUUUUGAUGAGUCUUUGCCACCUGUUGGGGCUGUGCGCGUUUUGCCUCACUUUUUCCAAGCCACGUGGCGCCGUGUUCCGAGUAGACGCAAGUCAGUUUUGCGUCAAAAACAGGUGUCCAGGGAGCACGCGAAGCGACAUCAUGCUAGCAUGCCAGCAGGUACCUCAAGGAGACGUUUCAGCGGUGCGCGUAUUGUUCGUUGA